UCUCUCCUCCCACCACACUUUUCGGACCGCUGACUUACGGCACGGACGUGUCAAAAACGCGUGUGUAUGUUUUUCUGUUGAAUUAUUUCCACUUUUCCAUAUUUUUUUACUCUGAACAAUGGCUCCCAAACAAAGGAUGCGUUUCGCCAACGAAAAGGCCAGCAAAAACGUGAUGUUGCGAGGGAAUGUGCCCAAAUCAUCGAAGCAACAAAGUGAAAACUCGCCAGUAGGACCUAUGAUCUUGGCUCUGUUCAUCUUCGUCGUGUGUGGAUCGGCGAUUUUCCAGAUCAUCCAGUCCAUUCGGAUGGCGUAGGUUAGACUUCCCUCAAAGGCUCAAUUCCUAUCGUGUAUAAAUCCGUGUUCUAUUCAAUUAUUGCAUUUUGUUGUUUUCUAUUUACUUAUUUUGUAAAUUUAUCGUAUGUGAAAUAUAAUUUUAACAGAAUUUUUAUCAUGUAUAAAGCGUAUUUUUACAUAAGUUGUACUAGAAUUGAAAGGUUCUAUUUAUCGCACAGAUGCCUAUAAUGAGAUUCUUUAUAACCAUUCCAUGCUUAAUUUUAGGAGACAAUUUGUGUAAUAAUUACUAUAUUUUCAAUGAAUAGGUAUUAAAUUAUUGAGUUAAA